UGAUCUAGAGAAUCCAAAGAUUCCAACACCACCAGACUCGGAAACCCGACCAGGCCGAUUCGAUUUAAUUUCCCCGCGUCGCCGAUUUAUUGUUGUACUAGAUGCGACGACCCGGUUUCGUCAUCAAUUAAAAACUCCCCCUCGAAUCUUAGCCUCCUGAAUCUGCGCUGUUUAUAAAUACAAUCUCCUCUCCCUCUCUCUGUUUCUCUGUCCAUUCUCUAUUUUUGUUUCUUGCAAAUGAUCCAGAUAAACAUACAGAGAGUUCGACACAGCCAGUAAUCGAUUAUGGAACCCAGCCUAGAUUUGUCCUUGGACUCAUUACCCAAAACCAUACCCCAAAUCCUUCUUCAACUCUCAUCCAUCUCCGAUUCCUUCACUAAACGCACAACGCUCGAUGACUAUGUCAAGAGAUUGGAAGAUGAAAUGAGGAAGAUCGAUGCCUUUAAACGGGAGCUUCCUCUCUGUAUUCUUCUCUUGCAAGAUGCUAUUUUGAAGUUGAAAGAGGAGGUGUUGCAGCUUCAGUCGGUGAAGGAGCUGCCGGUGAUUGAAGAGUUCAUGCCAUUAAAGGGAAGCUCCGAUCAAGCCGACGGGGAAAACGAGAGGAGGGAGUGGUUGAGUUCUGCUCAGUUGUGGAACACGAAUUUCAAUUUUGUUGAUGACGAUAUCUCCAACGCCAAAUCGAAUAUGAACUUGGAUGGGGAUGAAGACGAUCGGUCCGUGCCGCAGACCCAAAUCGAACACUGGGAUUGUGAAAAAAAACGAAGAGCAUUCGAAUUGUUCAAAGAUCAAAGCAAUUUCGUUAAAAGAUCCACAAAAGAAGAUGUGGCGGUUUCAGAAGUCCCAAAACUUACUCUAAUGACAACAAUCUCCGAUCCUUUUCCUGUUAAUGUUAAUUUGACCGUCAAGAACGGCCGCGUCAGUGGACGGAGCGGUAGAGCUGCUGUUUCUGGGUCGUCUUCGCCGGUGGUGCAAAUAAAUGGACAGACGAAAUUGUCCCAACAGCAGCAUACUAUAAGGAAACAGAGACGGUGCUGGUCGCCGGGGCUCCACCGGCGUUUCAUUGACGCACUGCACCGACUCGGCGGAUCUCAAGUGGCAACACCAAAACAGAUAAAGGAAUUGAUGCAGGUGGACGGCCUCACCAACGACGAAGUGAAGAGCCAUUUACAAAAGUACAGGCUUCACGUUCGAAAAUUGGCCCCGCAGGAAGGUUCAAGCGGCGAGGGGUGGAUACCGGGAGAACACGAGGGCGAGCACCACUCAAAGACAAGUGGUACACUGGCGGGAUCUCCAGAUGGGCCACUCCAGGGCGGUGGGUCUGGAAAAGCUCUGUCCAUAACCGAAGGGGAGAGUAUGGAAGGGGAAGAAGAUGCGAAAUCGGACGGCCAUAGUUGGAAGGGAAGGAUUCAGAAACAUGGAUAUGUGUGAGGAAUUGGAAAAAGAAGAUAGCUGAACGAAUGGGGUGUUUCAGUUCCGACAAGUUUUGCAGAGAAAUGGAUACAAAAUGGGGAAUUUGAAAUUUCUAAUUUUGUAGACACGACAGAGUAAGUAGGGUAAUAAUUGUAACUUACAAACUUUUCUUCUUUGGUUAUGUGUAGCAAGCAAGGAAGUAAGCAUUGGAUGAUGAGGAUGCUACUCCUAAAACUAAGCUUUUUGAAGCGUAAGUUAUUUUGUUUCUUAAAUUUUCAAUGUUCAUGGAGCUCGGAACAACAAAUAAAUCAACUAUUUCACCCACAUAACAUCUUCUAGAUAUUUUAUAUGUAUCAUAUCUAUUAUCCAUGUGACAACUAAUCCUACUGCUAGUAGAUAUUGCUUACCUAG